AUGUUAAAUUUAUAAACUGUUUUAAGAGCAUUUGAGGAAAAUGGAUUAAAAUAAGAUAAAUAAUGCAAUUAAGAUGAAAUACUAUAUAAAUUAGAUAUGAUGGGAAAGCGAGACUUCGAUAGAGAAAUUGCUGAAUAAAUAUUCGAAUAAUGUCGUCCAACAUAACAAAAUUUGAAAUUAGUAUACAGACUAGCAGAUGUUAGUUAAACUUUAGUAGAUGCUAGUUUAAUAUUAAAUGAAAAGAUAAAGAAAGCAGAACAAUAAUUAAAACAAAUCACUUAAAAUAAGAUAAUUUGUGAGAAAUAAUUAGCAGAAACAUGUUUGCAAUCAUCUUAUCAUUAGCUGUUUAUUCUGAUACGAGAUUCUUAUUUUUGACAUUAUUAUCUGCAAAAAAUAUACCUUUAAAGUUAAAAUACACAAAUUGUCAUAUAUAAUUAAUUUUGGGUGUCACAAACUUAAUAGCAAAACCAGAAUAAUAAUAUGAUAGAGUAAAUCCAGAAUUCAAUUAAGAUUUUGAAUUGUAAUCAAAUAAUUCUUAAACUUAAUUUUAAGCUAAAUUCCUCCAUUGAUAACAACACUUACGAUACAGUUUUUCAUUUAGACUAAUGCUUCCUCUCCUAUUUUAUGGGGAUAAGCAUAUUUACAAAUAUAACAGAUAGAUGAUCAAAUAGUAAAAGAUUUAGAAUUGUAAUUAAAAGAUCCAUAAGGAAGAGAACUUGGGGCUAGUAUUGAAUUAGAAGCUUAAAUAGUAUUAAAUAAAGUAUUACUCUAAAAGUUAGUUAGCAUCAAUAUUUGCAAACUUAAUUACAGAAGUUUGAUUAAAAGAUUUAUACUCUUGAAAAUGAUUUAAAUGAAUAUAGAACUGAUUUGGAUGUAGUAGAGAGACCAUUUAAAAUAAAAUUAUUUAAGGAAUAGAGUUUUAAGUAGUAAAAGAAUGACAUUUUUGAAUAAUUUGAUCAAAAUUAAUAAAUGAACGAGAUGGAUUAACAAAAUCCAAAUUAAUUAUAGGUUCCUGAACACAAAGAAUAAAUACUGUCUGUAUUAUAAUCAGAAAAACACUUAGAAUAAUUUGAUGAAACACCAGAUGCUCCUGAGAUCUUGCAACAUGGUGUCAUUAUAUUCACUAUAUAUGGUUUGAUUACAUUAUUUGUAUGUUCUGCUAAACCUUCAUUUUUAGAUGUAAAAUUUUAAUAAUCCUUAUUGAAGGUCUUAGUUUGUCAUGGUCUUAUGUUCACAAUUUUUAUGGAUAGAUUUGAACCAUUCCAUUUAAAACUUGUUGGUGGAGGUCUUGUUGCUUCCAUUUUUUAUGAUAUUUUAUGGAUGAAAUAAUAUCAUGUAUAAUAGAUUUGAUUUCUAGUUAUGGUGGUAAAGUGAUGAUCAAAAUAAUCCAGAAUGGGGAUUGAAAGCACAAACAUUAUUAAGAUUCGUUUUAAUUUUUACUUAUAUUUAAUUCUUGUACAAAGUAUGAUACUUAAUAUUAUUUCUAGUUUGUUGUAUGUUAUUAUAUAUAUUAAUUUCAUAGAGAAUCUAUUGAUCCUACAAAAAGAUACAUUUUUACAAUUUGGAGAAUUUAAUAUAAAGUAGGUAAAAAUAGGGAUAGUUCAUCCUGGUAAUCAUAAUGA